UUCCUCGAGAUUCAAAACAACAAAUAAGAUACAAAAUUAAACCUUUUCUUAAUCCAUCAAACCUUAAAAACUAAACCCUCCACUAACAAGCUUACAUAUGUAUAUAUUACUUCUAUGUCAUUACUUGGUCAAACUCUAAAAAGAUUUAUAUGUACUCCAUGAUUUUCGUUUUAUUAUAACAUACAAAGAGAAAAGAUGGAACCAUCUUCUUCCCUAAAGAUAUGGGAUUCAUUCAAAUGGGUUUUUUGUUGUCCAUUAAUAAAAUUAAGAAGCUUUUCUACAACAACAACUGCUUUGAUUUUCUUCUUGCUUUUCAUCUUUACUCUUCUUUUCACUCCAUGGCUUGAUUUUUCAAAUUUCAGAAUCAGAAGCAAAUCAAUGCCAUACACAAUAUCAAUAUUCAACAAGAACAACGACCACAACUACACAAAAAGAGAAGAGUAUAUCCUCAAGUGCACCGCAAGCAACAUGACAAUCAAAUGUCCAUCAAACUACCCACCCAAAUCCAAUAAUCUAAGCUUCGAAUCGAACCGGACGUGCCCCGAUUACUUUAGAUGGAUCUACGAGGACUUGAAGACAUGGAGGAAGCAAGGAAUUAGUGAAGAAAUGGUGGAUAGUUUGAAAGAUGUUGCUCAUUUUAGGUUGGUUAUUGUUAAUGGGACAGCCUAUGUUAAGGAAUAUAGAAAGGCUUUUCAAACAAGGGAUGUGUUUACAUUAUGGGGUAUAUUACAACUUUUAAAGUUAUACCCUGGAAGAUUACCUGACCUUGAUUUGGUUUUCCAAUGUCAUGAUCAAUCUUCUAUUAAGAAAAGCAAUUAUAAAGGAAACAAGGCUCCUUUUGCUCCUCCUCAAUUUCAUUAUUGUGGGGAUGAUUCUACUCUUGAUAUUGUCUUCCCUGAUUGGUCUUUUUGGGGCUGGCCAGAAGUGAAUAUAAAGCCAUGGGUGCCCUUGGAGAAGGAUAUAGCAGAAGAAAACAAGAUUAAAAAUUGGAGUUCUAGAGAACCUUUUGCUUUUUGGAAAGGAAAUUUGUAUACUGGUGCAAGACACAACCUUGGAAAGUGCAAUUCCAAAAAUGAUUGGAAUGCUGAGAUCAUUAACCAGGAUUGGGGUAAAGAGGUAGCUGAGGGGUUCAAGAACUCUGAUUUAUCAAAGCAAUGUCUUCAUAGAUACAAGAUUUAUAUGGAAGGAAAUGCAUGGUCAGUGAGUGAGAAAUACAUCCUAGCUUGUGAUUCCAUGACCCUUCUCAUAAACCCCAUUUACUAUGAUUUCUUUUCAAGAAGCUUAAUUCCUUUGAAGCAUUAUUGGCCAGUAAAUCCUAACAACCUAUGCAAAUCCAUUAAAUUUGCUGUAAAUUGGGGCAAUAAAAACACUCACAAGGCACAAGAGAUUGGAAAAGAAGGGAGCAAGUUCAUAUUUGAAGAGCUAAAAUUGGAAAAUGUGUAUGAUUACAUGUUUCAUGUAUUAAAUGAAUAUGCAAAGCUACUUAAGUACAAACCAAGUAUACCAGAGGGAUCAAUUGUGCUUUGUUCAGAAAGAUUUGCAUGCAGUCCAAAAGGUUUGGAGACUGCAGAUAAAAUUGAGACCAUGGUACACGAACCUUCUAGAAUAAGUCCAUGUCAACUUCCUCCACCAUAUGAUCGUAAAACACUUCAAUCUCUUCGAAGUCAAAAGGCAAAGAUCAAGAAACAAGUCCAGAUUUGGGAAAAGGGCAACGCAUAGAUUAAAUUCAAUCUCUAGUUUUAUGUAUGUAUCAUGUACUCAAUAGAUUAUUAACUUAUGAAUAAUUUUCGAAUUAUAGCCUUAAAGUUUAGCACUUUUGCGAAUUACAACCUUAAUGUUUAUUUUUUUGCGAAUUACAGCCACAAAAAAUUUCAAAAUUUACAGUUUUAGGCCAAAACACAGAUUAUGAUCAUUUUGAUGGUCGGAAUUUAUAUUUAAGUGGUUGGAGUUUUUGUGUUUUGGCCUGAACUUAUAAAAUUUGAUACUUUGGUGGCAUUAAUUCGCAAAAAGUAAACAUUGAGGCGGUAAUACGUAAAAGUGCUAAACUUUAAGGCUGUAAUUCGCAAAUUAUUCUUAAUUUAUACCAGCUAAAUUAGCUGACAUAAAUAAUUUUUUUGAUACUGCUCACAUUUUUCUUGCUCUACGGGAUUAAAAUUGAUCGCGCGUAUUUCUUAUGCUCUCUCCCUAAAAGGGUACGGGUAUGAUCUGUCUGCAAUUUUUUCCCCCUGAACUUUGACUUUGUGCGGGACAUUGGGCUACUGACCAAGAUCAAGACCAAGACAUUAUUAUAAGAGGAAACUCCCAAGUCACAUGUAGAAAUUUUUUUUUGGGAAAUUCCACGUGGUAACAUGAGGUUUUUGGAUUUUCCAUGUGGUAACCAAAACUUUAAAAAAUUCACGCGGUAACCCUGAGGUAUACUAAAUUGUUACACCAUAACCUUUUUGCACAUAAAACGUUAGCAAACGUUAAUUUCGAAGCUUUAAAGUUGUUGUACGCCUAUUUAUACGACUCACCAUUUCAAAUGCCAUUAAUUUCAACCUUUUUCCCCAUAACAUAAACCCCAACUCUACCAUCUUUCAACUAAAUAAUAUUUUUUCCCCCAAAUCCAAAGAUGGUAGAGUUAAGUUUUUGUUUUGGAGAAAAAGAUUGAAACUAAUGGAAUUAUCGGAAAGAAAUUGAUAGAAGGCAACCAAACCCUAUGAAAGAUCCAAAUGACAUUAUCAUUUACAAUCGGCUAACCCAACAAAACCAAUUGUAUCAGUUUCUAGCAGGUAUCGAUGAGUCUUUUGACAAGGACAGAAGAGACUUACUCCUUCAAGAUCCUUUUCCUAUAGUAGAGGAAGCAUAUGCAAGCAUCAAGCGAGAAACAAUAAGGCGAGGGAUCAUGAAGCCCUCAUCAGAUCUAGAAUCUUCUGGCAUAGGAGGAGGGUUUACUGUCAAGGGAAGAACUUUCCGGCGUGACGAUGACAGAAACCACCUCAAAUGCACUCAUUGUGGUGGUACAAGACACACAAAAAGUGAAUGCUUCAAAUGGGUGGGCUACCCUGAAUAGUGGCCGAAUGCAAAGAAAAAAGGGGUCAAAGGAGUGACCAAAUUAGUUGAUCACAACAGAACCGGCAGAGCAGCAGUGGGCAUGAGCAUAGACAGCCCCAUCAGAGAAGAAGAAGAGGAAGAUGUAGCAUUGAACAGUACCACAGGAUGCUCAGACAGGGCAAAUUAUUGGGCGUGGUAUUGAGAGAGGUGGACUGUACUACUUGGAAGAGGAGGUUCAAAAAGGCAAAUCAGUUCUUGUUCACGAGUCAGAGGAAAGACAACUGUGGACAUGACAUCGUUGCCUUGGACAUCCAUCUGUAGGGCAUCUAAAGAAAAUUUUUCCUACCUUAGCGAGAAUCAAAUCAGAUUUUAAAUGUGAAACUUGUAUUCUUGCAAAGAGUCAAGUAGUAUGAAUAAUACCAAUGUUCCUUUUAUGUUUAUUCAUUCAGAUGUUUGGGGUCCUGCUCCUGUAGUAGAAAUGUAUGGUUUUUUGUAUUAUGUUAUGUUUAUUAAUGACUAUACCCGUAUGAG